UCGCAAAUCGCUGACAAAAUGAGCAACCACGUUGACGUGAAAAACAUUGAGCCGACCACUUUUGAGGACCGCUACUACGAUGAAUAUGAAUAUUAUAACUUAACAGACCGUUAUACCGAGUGCGCUAGUCGCAAGGGCAGGACGAAGAAGGAGGCGAGCUGUAACACGAACAAACACAACCCUGCGGGACACGAGCGCAAAAUAGUGGCGAAGCUCCAGAAUGCUGAGAAGAAGUCCAAAGAGUGACACAGAAGAGAUUGAAUCGGACGGCUAUCAUGGCAACCGACCACAGGUGUCUCUGCGGGAAACGGGCGCUGCGCUGCAGCGGGAUCCGCCUCAGGGCGAGAAGCCUGACUCGUGAAGCGCAGUUUUGUCAGACACACCGCUCUUGUGUCAACCCGAUCUCAUGAAAGUGCGUAUAAAUAGUACGCCAAAUAAAAACGAAAACUCGUGGUAUUG